AUGGUGCAUCAAUCUCAAACAAGUUUACUUGUCACCGUUAAAUGUGCAAAUGAUAAACGAUCAGUUGUCGAAAUAUCUUAUCCAAAACACUGUACAAAUCAACAUUAUAACAAUGAUCGUUAUUUAAACGAUUUUCCUAAAGUUACCGUUGAUAAUGAAAAUAAAAAAGGUAUGUUUCAACCAAAAAGUACUUAUUACAAUAGUAAUAUAACGCAACAGUAUAACAACGAUAACAAUAAUAAUAAAAAUAAACGUCGUUCAAAUUAUUAUCGAAAAAAUUCAUGGCAAAAUACUAAUAAUGGAUCGAUGUAUACGAAUAAUUUAAAUAAAAUAUCAUCGUUAAAACCCGUACCACUUAUGGAUAUUAAAGAAAAUAUAAUACCGACAGAUUAUUACGUUCCCUAUUAUCGGCAUAAAUUUGAUAAUUUUCAACAGUUAAAUAAAUCAAAAUCAAAAUAUAAUAAUAAAAAUCAAUCUAAUCAAACAACAUCAUUCCAUACAAGACAUGUUCUCACCGAUCUAGAUUGGGAUUAUUACGAUUUUGAACAAGAUUUACUAAUGCCCGUUUAG